GCAGAUGGCUGGACGAGGGGUUGUGGUGGUGGUCGUUUAUGCCCGUUCUCGUUCUCGUGCCUCUGCCGAGUGCCCGCGGGUCGGCGCGCAGCGCACCCCACCCCACCGCCGGACGAAUGAAGAAAAUACUUCCUGUGAAGAGUAAAAGUACUUGAUUCUGGGAAAACUCUUAAAGCAGUUCUAACUUCAAAGCUGAAGACAAAAGUAUGAAAGCAGAAUCCAUCUGACUCCCUCAGCAUCUCACACCCAACACAGAAUGGCUCUUCAAAAAAAACCUGUUGCUGGUGUCUUGGAGGAGUGGUGUUUGGAGGAACCGCUGUUCGGUUGCAAACGGCACCAGAAUGUUAGGAAAAAACUGAGACUGAUACGAAUUAUAGGGCUUCUUGUCAGUAUAAUGGCCAUUAGUACUUUCUCUCUUUCAAUCAGUGCCUUUUUCAAGACGGAAACACAUAGCAUGGUGUUGGCCAGCAGCCUAGAUAGCCAAAAGCUGGUGCAUGGGCACCAAAGAACUCUGUUGGAUUUCGUGGAACAGAAUGAAAACGGCACUCCAGACCUACAUGCUUCUAUGAAAUAUGAAGCUGAACACAUCAAUGCAACAGAUGAUCAUGCCAAGGGAGAGUACCCCAGGGACCUUUUCUCUCUUAAGGAGAGAAGAAAGGGAGCAGUGAUCCUCCAUGUAAUUGGAAUGAUUUACAUGUUUAUAGCCUUAGCCAUAGUCUGCGAUGAGUUCUUUGUUCCUUCCUUGACGAUCAUCACUGAAAAACUGACCAUAUCUGAUGAUGUGGCAGGGGCAACCUUCAUGGCUGCUGGUGGGUCAGCCCCAGAACUCUUCACUUCUUUAAUAGGAGUGUUUAUAUCCCACAGCAAUGUUGGCAUUGGUACAAUAGUGGGAUCUGCUGUGUUCAAUAUCCUGUUUGUUAUUGGAAUGUGUGCUUUAUUUUCUAGAGAGAUCUUGAAUCUUACUUGGUGGCCUCUGUUUCGAGAUGUGUCAUUUUACAUCAUUGACUUGAUCUUGCUAAUCAUCUUUUUUCUGGAUAACUUGAUCAUGUGGUGGGAAAGCUUAACACUUCUGACAGCUUAUUUUUGCUAUGUGACUUUCAUGAAGUUCAAUGUUCAAGUAGAAGAAUGGGUGAAGAAAUUUUUAAACAGGAACAAGGUUGAGAAGGUAACAACAGCAGAUGCUGAAGGAAAGGAUAACCAAACUCUGACGACCAAGCCACAGCUCCAGCGGGGAGGAAGCUCUGCAUCUCUCCACAACAGUCUAAUGAGGAACAGCAUCUUCCAGCUUAUGAUUCACACACUUGACCCACUUGCUGAAGGAAAGUUCAAGGAAAGGGCGUCAAUUCUGCAUAAGAUUGCCAAAAAGAAGUGCCAGGUGGAAGAUGAUGAAAGGCAGAAUGGAGCUGCUAAUCAUGAAAAAAGUGCAAAAGUGGAAGUUGCAGUAACACCACCAGGUGAUUCAGGACCAGUGCAGAAUGGAAUCGCCCAUAACGUUGAAGAAGAGAAUGAAGAGGAUGAGGACCAUCCUCUCAGCCUGGCCUGGCCUGACAGCCCACGCAAGAAGCUCACCUAUCUUCUUGUAUUACCCAUUGUCUUUCCACUGUGGGUUUCACUCCCAGAUGUCAGAAAACCUAAGUCAAGAAGAUUUUUUCUUAUCACAUUUUUUGGCUCUAUCAGCUGGAUUGCAUUUUUUUCUUACUUAAUGGUCUGGUGGGCACAUCAGGUUGGAGAGACCAUUGGUAUUAGCGAAGAGAUCAUGGGUUUGACUAUUCUAGCUGCUGGCACAUCCAUUCCUGACCUUAUUACCAGUGUUAUUGUAGCACGCAAAGGUCUGGGGGACAUGGCUGUAUCCAGUUCUGUUGGAAGCAACAUAUUUGACAUCACAGUGGGCCUUCCUCUUCCGUGGCUCCUGUAUACUGUCAUUAACAGCUUUGCCCCAGUGACAGUCAGCAGCAAUGGUCUGUUCUGUGCGAUUGUCCUCCUUUUCAUCAUGCUGCUCUUUGUCAUCCUCUCCAUCGCCCUCUGCAAGUGGAGGAUGAAUAAAAUUUUGGGCUUUCUCAUGUUUGGGCUUUAUUUCGUGUUCCUGAUUGUCAGUGUUCUCCUGGAGGACAAAGUUAUCCAAUGUCCUGUCUCCAUCUAGUGGAAAGUGCUGUUUCUUGAGAAAAAUAAGACAAACACACACACCCCACCCCCCCAAAAAAAAAAAAAAAAAAUAUAUAUAUAUAUCAAAAUGAAACAGCAAAAAAAACACAACGAAAAGGUUCUAUGAGAAAAACCCAUGGAUUCGUAAAUUUCCUCUCCCUCAAUUUUAAAAGAGAAAGAAAUAAAAGGAUACAAAGGGUGCAUCUUAGUGCCGAAGAAUGACCUCUGCUGGACAGUGCAGUCACACGUGGAGGACUGAGUCCAGCUGUGCUGAGGUUUUGUUUAUUUGCUGCAGAACAUCCUUGCUACUCAGUACUGGCGAUGCUGCACACACAUGGAAAUGACAAAAGCUACUGCUUCUCCUACGCCUAUGGUACAUACCCACAGACUUCUCAUUCUCUGUAGUAGAAUGCACAGACACACAGCGUACUCCGUUCUCAAAGCUCUCAUCUUCUAAGGGGAAUGCUAAAAUUAACUUUGUGGAGGCACCACCACACACGUACCCUGGUAUGGGAUUUUUCUGAUAAUCUUCUGAAACGCCCGAGUGGAAAGCAUACACUGAGCACAUGAGUCACAGACAGGGAAGAGCUUGCACAUCUCUUCAUAUAAGUGGGUUUAUAUGAUCUGAUUUCAGCAAAGCCAGGGACUUCAUCAACGUUUUGAUCCUCUGUAUCACAGGUCUGUAACACCAAUCAGCAGGAUGUUAAUGGUGGUUUAUUACAUCUUGCAAAACUCUUCAGAUUCCAGAAACUCUGGCUCUGGCACUGUGAAGGAGCCAUGCUGCCUGGUCAUUUUGUAACUGGUGCAGAUUUUCAUUGCAUUCACAUGCAAAGACCAGAAUGGGGAUACUCUUGCUUCUCUAAUAGCAACGCAGCAUGCAGUGAGAUCUCACAACUACUAUAUCAACACACCGUUUUUUCUAAUGAAGCAAUAUCAACAACAGUACCAAUGGCAUUCAGCUGUUGUUAUUAUUAUGAGUUUUCCUUUUCAUGCCAGAAGAAAAAGGCUAAUUUACUUAUGCAUAGAAUUUCAUAAAGAAAAUAGAAGUAGCUGUAAAGUGGAAGCCUAAUUGCUAAAGUGGAUAUACAUUUUACAGGCUAUCUUUCAUUAUUACUCGGAGUUUAAGGACCUACACAGCUACAUAUAGCCUUUGCUGGAAGAGAUCUCCAGCUAAUGUACAAAGCUGGGGCAGUUCAUAUUUGCUCUUAUAUGUCUUUAAACUAGGUGGGAGAAAGUAACCAUUUAAAUGUAGUGGAGCUGCAGGAAACCUACAUGAUAAUUCUUCAGUAUUGCUGGAAGUGUGAAUGUCUAAAGAAGCCCAGGAAGGAGUGAAAGUGCAAUAUUCUUUUACUGAGUUCCUGAGAGAAGGAGCAGGUCCAAACCUAGAACAAAAAACACAAGGAUGGAGAAAGUAAUGAAGUAUUUGUAUUUCCUGUAGUUUGGAAGAUGAUUUAAAAAAAAGAGAAAAAAAAAAGGAUGACUGGAAUAGGUGUUAAGAAAUUAUUUCAGAUAAUUGUUGUUUCUUUGUUGAAGUCUGUUGUGCAGUUAGAGUUCAUGAAAUUUCAGUGCAUUUCUGUCAUCUGUUUCAGCACUGUUUUGUAUUCGUACUGUGCUCACAUUGGCAACGCUAUGCUCACAGCUGUGUAACAGAAGGCUCAGCAUAUUUUGUCUUGUCUGUUUUUCUGUGCUCCAUGCUGUUUGUUUCUCACUCAUCCCCUUUGCCCUUUAGUGGUUUCCUGUUAUAUGUGUUCGUGUAUAACAGUAUCUGGCUAGAGAGUAAGGACAUUGACAGAAAGCAAUAAUUGAGAAAACAGUAAAAAAAUACAUAUUUAAAAUUACUAGAAGUUAGUUUUAUGUGAUAUCAUGAAGAAAAAACGUGAGAUACUAAUUAACAAAAGCAAGAAAACUAGGAUUUACAAUGUCUGCUAAUUGUGUCUUGUCCUAAGGUAUUAAGUCCUAGCUACAGUCAGAAUCAGUAUUUGAUCUUAACCAUACAUUUGCAACACCUCUUGCUUCUUAGUGCUUUUUAGUGUGAGCUUCUCUCAUUGUGAGCAAAACUUUUUCUGUGUAUUUAAGAUCCUGUCUUAACAACAGUACUGCACACCUCUUAACUUUUGUUUCUAUGGGUGUACACAACAGAAAGAUUCGUACCUACAUACCCACAGUGCACUCUACUGACAAGAAUAGCAGUCUUGCAAGAGCAAAACUAUAACCCAAAUUCCGAGCACAGAUGAAACAGGUGUCUGUCCGAAAAUACAUAUCUGACUCCACAAUAUAAUCUGUCCCAGAGGAGUCACCAAGUGCUUUUAUUUCUGAUGACAGUGCUCAAAACAGAUGAUCCUUUACCCAAAUGAGCAGAAUAAGACAGAACAAUCUAGAAGAGUGUGUGAAGAAUCAUAAUAGUUCCGUGUAUGUGGGUGCUUACCAUAUACAAAGAUGCUCAGAUUCACUGGUCUGACAUUUCAGAUCAAAAGACCAAGCAAGGGCAAGGGUCUGACCUCUGUUCGGUACAUUACUCUUUUAUAUAUAUAUAUAUAUAUAUAUUUUUUUUUUUUUUUUUUUUUUAUGACUUUGUGGCCAGCAUGGUAUAACUCCCACACUGGAAAGGAAAUAGCCCUGCCUGAUUUUGAGAGCUGUAAGAGCACUCUGGUACACUCUGCAAAGUGAGGACAGUGACAGCAGAGACUACUGCCCCACUGAGGGUAGGUAGGGAGGAGAAAGUAGCCAACUGAAAGCUCUAUGCACUGGGAAUAUUUCAGUCCAAAGCUAGCAUCAACAGCUUGAAGGAAGAAGUUAAUGUGAAGGACUAAGGUCUGGUAUCCUGCAAUGGCUUUUAUAUACUGUCUUAAAAUAUAUCUGACUCAUUUCUUUCCUGUGUCUGUUUGACCCUAUCAACAUAUUUAUCUUGGAAGAUAUUAAAAGUAAUUUUUUCCCCUCAGGAAUGAGACACCUCACAGUUCCCAUUGCCUUGCAUCUGCUGGGCAGAUCAUUACUCAAAUGGCUGAAUAACUGUGUGGUCAGUGGCAGCUCAGGCCCAGAGGUAAUAGGAGAGAUUUCAGUUGUGUGGUGCUUUCUGUGGAGGCCGGCUGUGAAUGCUGGUUAGACUUAGCAAGGAAACUUUUUACGUAACUGCUGGGGUAAACUGUUUCAGGAUACUUCCACACUGAUGUGCUCUCUGAUUAUAAGGCAACAGCUGUACUUGUAGAGAAAAGAGAGGAAUGGUAUGGAGGGAGAAGCAUGGCCACUUAUCCCAUGCAGGAGUUUGAAAAUCUUAAACUGGAGUUCUGAAAGGACAGCCAAGAGCUGCUGCAACCCAUGGACUGGAUGUCCAUAAGCUGUCCAGGAUCAGUGCUGCUGAAAAUGCACACCACUUCUUAGGACGCUCCUAUUUUACAAUUACAGCAAAUUUCCCGACAUAAAGUGUUUCUUGUUGUUCAUAACUGUUUCAUUCUGGGAUCCGUGAAUGUUUCUCAACACUGUAAACCUAGGAGUCGAGAUUAAAUUUAUAUUUUCUUCAGACAAAUUUCUGAAUGACUUCACUAGGGAUCUGGUCUUGCAGACUGCCCGAAUUCUGCAGUGAGUUGGUCAGCCUUGAAGUCUCUUCCGUCUGCCUGUAUGCCUGUGCUCAAUUAUUCAGCUGAUGCUGCUGUCUGCAUAAUCCUUAUGAAGAAUAAAUGAAUAAUUAAUACAGAAAUUGGUGUUAUGAUCAAGAUGUUGUGCUAGCUUAGUGUUUUCAGGACAACACCAAGUUGGCAGCACAGUAAGAUAGGAACACAACAUCAGUUUAAAUGGCCAGCUCUCUGUGGCACUAUCACACCUCAACAGAACCAAUGUUGGACGUGAUUUUUGGAAGGGAUUUCUAGUAGUAUUUAAGUAGGAUCCUGGGUUGGAUGGUAACCCAUUUUAAAGAUUUUCUGCACUAACUUCAUUGGAAUUAAAGAAAAGAAUGGGCCCCACCAGAAAUACCAUCAGAGUCCUACAGGUAUUUGCUGUUUUCCACUUAAAAAAAAAAAAACAACCAACCAACCAAACAAAAAGCUUUCCUCUGCAGAAGUCACCAUGGUUAAAUCUGUAGGGUAAAUGCUAUAAAAGUGAUAAAAAGUGUGAUAUGAGGAUAAUCUCUUCAAGAACUACAUAUAAACAUGGAAAAAUCUUUCAGCAAACUCUGUGUAUUUUAAAUUAACUAUUUUACUGAAAAAUAGUGCUUUCUUUUAGUGCAGACAGGCUCUCUGUGUCUGUAUGCCUCUGCUUAUUUAUUGAAUUGAUGUGGCUGGAUGUGUAAUCUUCAUGACGCAUAAAGCACAGUUGCUGACAAAGAAGCUUAUCUAGAUGUCAUUUGAUCUUUGUAAUGGCAAUGAACCUGCCAUGUAAUUUCCGCAUACACUACUCUGAAAAAUUUGUGGUCACUGUCACUCAUGGUACUGUUGUGUGUGGAUAUGAAGGUCUACAAAGCAGUAGGUUAAACAUGUGGCUAAUCCAAGUACUGUAAAAAUAGUUGCUUAGAAAUAUUCUUAACGUUUGGCUGUUUUUAAGGGAUUAUUUCUCUAGUUGUCUUUUACUUCAUUACCUAUUUUGCAAAAAAGGGGAUAUAGAGUGUUUUUAAAUUAUUAUUUCAGCAGUAAUUCAUUAAAUAGCAUCUUGUGGUCCAUAUAACUUAUGUUCUGAACCAAAUAUAAGUCUGUAUCAGAUCAAUUUAUUUAAUUUAGAACAAGGAAAUAAUCCCUUCUCGAACAACUGACCCACUGAAAACUAGAAUAUUUCUGCCAUUAACUUGGGCAAGAUACAGGUUUUUAUCUUGGGAUCCCAUAUUUCAUAAAUACACUUGUGUAACAAACGUAAUUGUCCUGGGAGCUGUGUACAAAGAGAAAAAUUGCAUUCAUUUAUAGUCUUGGAAACCAUUUUACCUCUUGUAAAUAACAAUGACACAACUGAGAAAAAGGCAGGGUUAGUUCCUUUGCACAAGUGAUUCUUGUUUUCCUGUUAUUCCUGGAAAUUUUGAUGCAAGAACCUGCAGCUGGAAACAUCUGCAGGAAGUGAUUUUGAGAAUAGCAAAUGUGAUAGCUUGCACUUAACAGUGUGGAGAAAAGUCCUGCUCCAGCCUUCCAACAGAUGUGGAUUUCACCCCUGGUUGAUGUUAAAAUGAUCCUUCUUGGAUGUGUUGCUAUCAGUUACAGGACUAUUGGUAUUGAGAAACUCGGCAUUUCCACUGAGACAGGGGAGAGUAACUUUCAGACUGAAGUUAUGCAAUUUAGUGCACCCAUCUGCUACAAAAUUCAUUUAUGGAUCACAGCCCCAUAGUCCAGACAAGUCAUCCUGUAGAUCUGCUGUGUGUUGCUAGUCAUUAGUGUAUAGCACCUCAGGACUUGUCUGCCUGGAUGGGUGCAGCUAGUUUGCAUGUUGCCCUGCCCAUUCUCCUGCCUGGCUGGACAUAAGCCAUGCCUUCUCCAGAAGCCAUGUAAUCACGUAAGUGUUAGCACUGAGCCUGUGCUCCCAGCCAGCCAGAUGCAGGUCAGCCCCAGUCUAGAAGCCAUGUCAGCACCUGGACCAUGGAUAGACCAGACACGCAACUGGCCACAUUGUUCCUAUAUGAGCUGUAAGUGGCUCAGAACAAGACUGAGUAAGAAAUAAUGUAAUUCAAGAUUGGUAAAUGAACUGUACAUUCAUGUAGAUCCACUGUAAAUUCACCACUCAUUAAACACAAAACCAACCCAAACAAUGAAAUUUGUAUGUGUUUUUAAAGAGCUUGCACUUUACUGUAUUUUUACUUUUAUUUUAUGUCACAUAGUUGUCUUAAUGCAAAAAGAAGCCAUAAAAAAACCCAGAAGACUAGUAUGGGGUUUCUAAAUAAGGGGAUCGUUAAUUUUAAAGACUCAAUUUCAUCUCUUUGUUUAAGGUAUAAUAUAAAAUACUGUCAAAUAAAUGUACAGUAAAGCAGGAUCUGGUUUUGCCUUAGUUAUGCUAUGAGUAAUUCGGGGGGGUUUGCUCAUACUCUUGAGCUUCCCUGUGGGAUUGUACAAAAUGCUGCACACUGCCUUUGCAGCAGGGGAUCAAUCCUGCCAUCCUUGUUCACCCCAGAAGAAGGAAUACAAUGCUUGCAGAGUCAGGCCCAAUGAAGGACUUAAAUCAUCCUGUUAUUCUUAAUGCUUUCUCCCACUGAGAUCACAGUCAAGGAAGCUCCUCAUAUUUUAGUGAGUUUAUAAGAGAUGAGUUACUUCUGUCCUUCUGUUUUACAAAAGAGUUAAAGUUUUCAGGGUCAGGAUAUCCAAUAAAAAUCAACCAUUUCUUUUAAUCCCCCAUCAACAUUAUCUAAUGUCAAAGGGAUUUCACUUGGUUUUAUAUUACUUUCCAUUAUCAAGAUCUCUGUUACACAGUUUUAAUUUUGCAAUCCUGACUCUGGGGAGUUGACUCACAUGAGUAGAAAUUAUUUCUGUCACUUCGAAUGUCAAGAUCAGGCCACUGUAUGUGAAAAUAAUAGUAGCAUGUAAUAACAGACAAUCAGAUGUUAUUUUUGUAAUAAAGCUUUUUUAGCUUGUUUGUUUCGCUUCGUAGUUUCAUACUCUUUCAUCUCUCAUUUUCAACUUAUUGUAAGAAAAAUCUGAAGAAACCCCCCAUUUUACUCAUUUCACACUUAAAAAAAACAAACCAAACCAAACCAAAACAUUGCCAUGGAAGCCAGUCCAGGCACCCCCCUGAAAAUUCCAGUUUUUCUCAUGUGUUUAUGUGUAUGGAUCAUUAUUUACCAGAUGAAACUCUUGUAUCUCUGAAUCACUAUAUUCUCUGUGAAUACAGAUUUGUAUAUAGUAUGGAAGUUACCUUUAUUUGUACAUAGGCUCUCGGAAAUAAUCCCUUCUAUCAAAGGUCCUAACUUCACUGUAUCUACAGAAUGUUUCACUGUGGCAUGUACACUUUCUCAUGAUAUCAAUAGAGAGCUCUUCCCAUAAAUCACUAUGUAGUUGAGUUGUCUAAGCAUGAAUAACAGUAGCAACAAUAAAUACUAAUAAAAAGA